UCUCUCUCUCUCUCUAUAUUCCUCUCUCACCAAUCCAUCGCCACAAUAUUUUCGAAAAACGAUUUGUGAGUCUCCGAGAUUGCUUCGAAGAAAUCAGAAACAAAAAUCUCCAUCGUUUCUCCGUGAUACGGAGCUAUAGAAACAAGAAGGCGGAUCUAUGGAUGCUAAAAGAGGAGGAGGUUCCGUGAAGUCUCCAUGUCAAACGCCACGUUCUACUGAUAAGUCGAAUCGAGAUCUCAGAUCAGCUGACGGAAACUCAAACUCGUUUAACAAGAGUGAGAAAGAGAAGGGUGUGAAUAUACAGGUUAUUGUUCGUUGCAGACCAUUUAACUCGGAGGAGACGAGGUUACAAACGCCUGCGGUGCUCACCUGCAAUGACCGGAAAAAAGAAGUGGCGGUGGCUCAGAAUAUUGCUGGGAAGCAGAUUGAUAAGACCUUCUUGUUUGACAAGGUUUUUGGCCCAACGUCCCAACAGAAGGACUUGUAUCAUCAAGCAGUUUCUCCCAUAGUGUUUGAGGUUCUUGAUGGGUAUAACUGCACCAUCUUUGCAUACGGGCAGACAGGGACUGGGAAGACAUACACAAUGGAAGGUGGAGCAAGAAAAAAGAACGGUGAAAUCCCGAGUGAUGCAGGUGUUAUCCCUAGAGCGGUUAAGCAGAUAUUUGAUAUUCUGGAAGCACAAAGCGCUGCUGAAUACAGUUUGAAAGUUUCGUUUCUUGAGCUCUACAAUGAAGAACUUACGGACCUUUUAGCUCCGGAAGAAACAAAAUUCGCAGAUGACAAAUCAAAGAAGCCUCUGGCCCUCAUGGAAGAUGGGAAAGGGGGCGUUUUUGUGCGAGGGUUGGAAGAAGAAAUCGUGUCUACUGCUGAUGAGAUUUACAAAGUCUUGGAGAAAGGGUCAGCCAAGAGACGCACUGCAGAGACUCUUCUCAACAAACAAAGUAGUAGAUCUCAUUCAAUAUUUUCGGUUACAAUACACAUCAAGGAAUGUACUCCAGAGGGGGAAGAGAUUGUCAAAAGUGGAAAGCUAAAUCUAGUUGAUCUUGCUGGUUCAGAGAAUAUUUCACGAUCUGGUGCUCGAGAGGGUAGAGCCAGGGAAGCUGGAGAGAUCAACAAAAGUUUGCUCACACUCGGACGUGUCAUAAAUGCGUUGGUUGAACACUCUGGUCAUAUUCCAUAUAGAGAAAGCAAGUUGACAAGAUUAUUGAGAGACUCUUUGGGAGGAAAAACAAAAACAUGCGUGAUUGCUACAGUAUCACCCUCUGUUCACUGUCUCGAAGAAACACUCAGCACCCUUGAUUAUGCACACCGUGCGAAACACAUCAAAAAUAAACCAGAGGUUAACCAGAAGAUGAUGAAAUCAGCUAUUAUGAAAGAUUUGUAUGGAGAGAUUGAACGUUUGAAGCAAGAGGUCUAUGCUGCAAGGGAGAAAAAUGGAAUUUAUAUUCCAAAGGAGAGGUACACUCAAGAAGAAGCCGAGAAAAAGGCUAUGGCUGAGAAGAUAGAGCAAAUGGAAGUAGAGGGUGAAGCUAAAGACAAGCAAAUAAUUGAGCUUCAAGAGCUGUACAAUGCGGAACAGCUUGUAACUGCUGGACUAAGGGAGAAGCUUGAUAAGACUGAGAAAAAACUCCGGGAAACGGAACAAGCAUUGUUAGAUCUCGAAGAAAAACAUAGACAGGCAGUUGCAACAAUCAAGGAAAAAGAGUACUUGAUAUCCAAUCUCCUUAAAUCAGAGAAAACACUUGUUGACCGUGCUGUCGAGCUUCAGGCAGAGUUGGAAAAUGCCGCAUCUGAUGUUUCUAACUUGUUCGCCAAAAUUGAGAGAAAGGACAAGAUUGAAGACAGCAAUAGAUCGCUCAUCCAGGAGUUUCAAUCACAAUUGCUAACGCAACUUGAAGUCUUGAACAGCAGUGUGGCAGGUUCAGUGACUCAGCAGGAAAAACAAUUGCAAGACAUGGAGAAAGUUAUGGCAUCUUUCGUGUCUGCAAAGACAGAGGCAACUGAAACUUUACGGGGAAGUUUAGCACAGUUGAAGGAAAGGUACAACUCAGGCAUCAAGUCUUUAGAUGAUAUAGCAGUGACUCUGGAUAAAGACAGCCAAACGACUUUGAAUGACUUGAACUCGGACGUGACAAAACAUUCUUGUGCACUAGAAGAUAUGUUCAAAGGGUUUACAUCAGAGGCUCACUCCCUACUCGAAGGGCUUCAAAGUAGCCUUCACAAUCAAGAGGAGAAGCUCUCUGCAUUCACACAGCAACAGCGCAAUUUGCAUUCCCGAUCAAUUGAGUCUGCUAAGUCCGUCUCCGAGGUGAUGUUGGACUUCUUCAAGACUCUAGACACGCACGCAUGUAAGCUAACAAAGCUAGCAGAAGACGCCCAAAACGUGAACGAGCAGAAACUAUCAGCAUUCACAAAGAAAUUCGAGGAAUCAAUUGCAAAUGAAGAGAAACAAAUGAUUGAGAAAGUUGCAGAGUUACUAGCAAGCUCCCACGCAAGGAAGAAAGAGUUGGUUCAGAUAGCUGUGCAAGAUAUCCGCGAAGGAUCAUCUUCACAAACCGGUGCGUUGCAGCAAGAAAUGUCUGCAAUGCAAGAAUCAGCUUCCUCCGUCAAAGUCCAGUGGAACGCUCACAUGGUCCAAGCAGAGUCUCAUCAUCUCGAUAACAUCUCUGCAGUUGAGGUUGCAAAGGAAGAUAUGCAGAAAAUACUUCUAAAAUGCCUUGAAGAUUCAAGAACUGGAACUCAACAAUGGAAGACUGCACAAGAAUCAUUGGUCGAUCUAGAAAAGAGGAAUGUUGGAAACGCAGAUUCUCUUGUUCGAGGAGCCAAAGAAAACAAUGAGAAACUACGAGCUCAGUUAUCGUCUGCAGUCUCGAACACUCUAAGCGAAGCUGAUUCUGCAAACAGAGAUAUCCUCUCAUCCAUUGACAACUCGUUACAGCUUGAUAAAGACGCUUCGGCUGAUAUUAAUUCCACCAUAGCUCCUACUUAUGGAAGCUUGAAAGAAUUAAGAAGUCACCAUGACAACAAUGUUGUCGAAAUCAAACAGAACACAGGGAAAUGUCUUGGUCACGAAUACAAGGUGGAUGAAGCAACAAGCUCAACGCCGAGGAAGAGACAGUACAACAUACCAACGGCUGACUCGAUUGAGGAACUUAAAACGCCAUCGUUUGAGGAAUUGUUGAAGGCUUUUCAUGAUUCUUCCAAGUCGCCCAAACAAAUGCAGCAAUCUAACGGAGAAGCGAAACACGUUAGUAACGGUGGUCGACCUCCGUUAACAGCCAUCAACUGAAAAAAAAAACAAAGGAUAUGUCGGCUACCGUGAGAUUAAUAGGAACACGAGAAAGAGUUUGUAUAGCGACAAACAAAUCUCUCCAUUUGUUUCUUUUUUUUGAACCCGCACUUUAGUUAUAUUUUACGUUUUUUUUUGUUCAACCGUUUUUAUUAUUAUAACAGGUAAGUACCUAAAUUUGAUUUCA